AUGGAGCCCCGCAAAACGCCUCCGGAGUACUUCCUUGAGAUCUUUGCCGACACCACCACCGUUCGAGACGUCUUAAAGGGUAUCCUCAACCUGAUCUUCUUCCACCGAUACUUCCCCUCCAUUCGACCCACCACCUUUGACGUUCUAGACUUCACUCUCCCCGCCAUCAACGACGUCGACCUCGAAACUCUCAUCGACUCGCGCAUCAGCUCCCUCGUCCGCCAACACUCGGCAACCAGCGGCGGCGGCAUCCACGAAGGUGGUGGCGGCGGCGGCGGUGGUGGUAGUGGCAGUGCCGGGGGCGGCGUCCGCGGCCGCAUCGCAGUGGAAUUCUACGAGAAGCGACGCCGACGCUCCGGCAUCUGGUUUGGCGGCCUAGCGGGCAAAGGUGAGGAGGAAGUCUGCUGGGAGGUCUGGAAUCUGGACGUGACUAUCGCCACGCCACGGACUGAAUCUG